AUGAUGUUGUUGAUGUUACCACAACAACUCGAGAAACUCACUCAAACUUGGCUCGAGAAGGAACGAUCUGGAGGAGAUUUGGCGACUGGAUGGGGAAAUCAGGAAGCGCAUGUCGUUGUCACAAUCACUCAUUUGGAAGUGGAGUUUAUCAAAGAUUUCUUGACUGAAUUUUAUGCUCAUCCGGAGAAUCAGUUGAAACUCUGCAUCCUUUUAUCCCCAUCAGAACUGGAUAACCAAAUGAGAAUGUUGCUGAAAAUUCCCCUUUGGUCACAACGAGUGAAAUACGUGAGAGGCAGUGCGCUGAGGGAUGAGGAUUUGGAGAGAGCUCGAGUCAGCACGGCAAAAGCGUGCUUUAUUCUGUCGGCUCGACACGUGCAAAAGAAGAUCACAACGGACGAACACACAAUCCUCCGCUCUUGGGCCAUCAAGGAUUUUGCGCCUCAAGUCCCGCAAUAUGUUCAAAUCUUUCGACCUGAGACAAAAAUGCAUUUGAAUCAUGCUGAAGUUUGCACUGUUGCCAUGGAUGUUCCACAUUUGGAAUCAGGAGGAAACAAUGUGAAACGAGAGAAACGAAAGAGGAUUGGAUUGUUGAGAAAAGCAAAGCAAACGGACGAGAUGAGACUGAUUGAGGUGGAGAACAAUAUCGAUCGACGACCGUCUGUCGGAAUCGUCGCUGAGAACAACGAAUCCACCUCUACAUCAAGCGAUGAAGAUGAGAAUCGCUGUGAUCGAUGUCUCAAUGCCGGCAGGGUUCGAUGUAUUCAAUCAGAAACCGAACGCUCGUUUCCGAAGCGAAAAACCUACAUCGGAGCCAGUCCCACAGCUUGCUCCCAUUUCCCUUAUGUCUCGGCAAAUAAAUACAAAUGGCAAAACUCGGCAAUCAUCCUGGCUGCCGAUCGAGUCUCAUCCGGAAUGUACAAUUUGAUCAUCCCUCUGAGAGCCUACUAUCGACCAGUGCACGAUCUUCGUCCAAUCGUUUUGUUAUUGGAACAAGAAGGCGGAGAAGAUCCAGAUCCCGUUUUUCUUGAUGUCAUUUCCUAUUUCCCGGAUAUUUAUUGGAUGCCUGGAAGGUUAUCAAGUUUGGACAGUCUCCUCAAAGCCGGCGUUUGUCAAUCGGAGAACGUGGUUGUGGUGAGAGAAACGGCUGUGGUUGGAGAGGAACACUUGGCGGAUUCAACCACGAUCAUUACUGUGCAGAAAAUUCACUCCUGGUUCCCGGCUCUCCGUAUCGUCACCGAGUUGACCCAUACAAGUAACAUGAGAUUUAUGAUGUUCAAUCCGCACGAUCCCUACUCGCUUCAACAAAGCAAAUUUGAAAAGAAAGAACGCAGGCGUGGCUCCAACAUGCCUUACAUGUUCCGUUUGCCUUUUGCUCAAGGUGGGUGUCUUCUCAGCAAACAUGUUGGACAGAUUGUUGUAUCAGUCUAUCAUCAAGCCAUAUCUCGUGAGCUUGACUCGGCUCUUCUUGGGAAUCGAUCAGAAUCCGGGAAGUGGAUAUUUGGCAUCGUUCGAAAUCAC